AUGCAGUUGAGCGGUACCCUUUACACGUAUUACGAAGAAGAUAGAUUGACAGCAUUCGAAUCGGGUGAUGCCAGCUCUCCCAACUCAGUUGUCUUUAUUGGUGGCCUCAGUGACGGCUACAACGCGGUUCCCUUUCUCGAGCCUUUAACGACAUCGUUAAAAGAGAUAGGCUGGAGUCUAAUCCAAGUACAAUUAUCAUCCAGCUACACUGGUUUUGGUUUUUCAAGCUUGCAAAAAGACAGUGAUGAGCUCGAUCAUUUGGUCAAAUACCUCAAGGAUACACGCAAGAAACAAAAGAUCGUGUUUUUGGGUCAUUCAACAGGCUCGCAAGAUUGCUACUGGCAUAACAAGAAUGGCAAAAUGAAUAGCUCAGUCCUUGGAUAUAUCCUACAGGCACCUGUAUCUGACCGUGAAUGUGGCUACAAGGUCGAGCCCAGCUUUGGAGAGCAGGUAGAAUUGGCUACCAAGAUGAGAAAGGAAGGCAAUGGAGGUGAAUUCUUGCCACGAAAAUACUGGGACUCGCCCAUGACAGCAGAUCGACUUUAUUCGCUUGGUGCAUUUGGAGGAGAUGAUGACGUCUUUUCUACCGAUUUACCAGAUGAAAUGAUUGAAAAGUUGUACAAGGAUGUGGAACGACCCAUGGCCAUGUUGCAUAGCAAGGACGAUGAAUGUUACGCUAGCUCACUGGAUCCAAUGGAAGUCAUGAAACGAUACCAGAGUUUUUGCCCUGCCAUCAAGAAAUUGGGUCUUCUUGAUAAUGGUGGACAUUCAGUUACCACGAAGGAAGGUCAAGAGCAAUUAUGCGAAUUUGUAUUAGAAUUCAUUCACGAGAUUGAGAACAAUUAG